AUGGAAGAGGGAAAUCACUCGGUGGUGACUGAAUUCAUUCUCACAGGACUGACAGAUCGUCCAGAGCUGCAGGUCCCCCUGUUUGUGUUGUUCCUACUGAUUUAUAUUGUCAGCAUGGUAGGGAAUGGGGGGAUGACCUUAUUAAUCAUAAGUGAUCCCCGACUCCACACCCCCAUGUACUUUUUCCUUGGUAAUUUGUCUUUCUGUGAUUUCUGCUAUUCCUUUGUAAUUGCCCCUAAGAUGCUGCAGGAUUUCUUAGCUAAGAGGAAAAGCAUUUUUCGCACUGCCUGCGCUUUGCAAAUGUUUUUUGAUAUCACUUUUCAAGACACUGAGUGUCUCUUGCUGGCUGUGAUGGCCUAUGACCGUUAUGUGGCCAUCUGCAACCCACUGCUCUACAUGGUCACCAUGUCCAGGGGUCUUUGUAACCACCUAGUGGCUGGAGCCUUUGUUGUAGGAUUGGUGGAUGCAAUCACAAACACAUACUAUACAUUCCGGCUGUCAUUCUGCCAUUCCAAUAUACUCAAUCAUUUCUACUGUGACAUUCCCCCAUUACUGGCGCUCUCCUGCUCUGAUACCAGCAUCAAUGAGACCAUGGAAGAGGGAAAUCACUCGGAGGCAACUGAGUUCUUUCUCUCAGGACUGACAGAUCGUCCAGAGCUGCAGGUCCCUCUGUUUGUGUUGUUUCUGCUUAUUUAUAUUAUCACCCUGGUAGGGAACGGGGGGAUGGUCUUAUUAAUCAUGAGUGACCCCCGACUUCACACCCCCAUGUACUUUUUCCUUGGUAAUUUGUCUUUCUGUGAUUUCUGCUAUUCCUUUGUUAUUGCCCCAAAGAUGCUGCUGAAUUUCUUAGCCGAGAAGAAAAUAAUUUCUCGCACUUCCUGUGCUGUGCAAAUGUAUUUCGAUAACACUUUUCAAGAUAUUGAGUGUCUCCUGUUGGCUGUGAUGGGGUAUGACCGUUAUGUGGCCAUCUGUAACCCACUACUCUAUACGGUCACCAUGUCCAGGCAACGUUGUAACCAGCUGGUGGCUGGGGUGUGUGUUUUAGGAUUGGUGGACGCAACAAUUAACACAUAUUUUAUAUUCCGCCUGUCAUUCUGCCACUCCAACAUCAUCAAUCAUUUCUACUGUGACAUGCCCCCGCUGCUGGCGCUCUCCUGCUCUGACACCCGCAUCAAUGAGAUUGUGUUGUUUGCAUCCAUGUGUUACAUUGUAGUGAGCAGCGUUGUGAUUGUCCUCCUCUCCUACGUCUGUAUCAUCUCCACUAUCCUAAAGAUCAGUUCUGCCGAGGGCCGGCGCAAAGCCUUCUCCACCUGCACUUGUCAUCUGACUGCAGUGGUCAUUUUUCAUGGCACUCUCCUUUUCAUGUAUUUACGACCCACCUCCAGCUAUUCCAUGGGCACUGACAAAAUAGCCUCAGUGUUCUACACACUGGUGAUCCCCAUGUUGAACCCCCUCAUCUACAGCCUGAGGAACAGGGAGGUGAAGGAUGCCCUGAGGAAAGCCAUGAAUGAACUCCUAAGGAACUCUUGA